CCACCAAAGGACCACAACGACAUUACGCGGACAGGGUCUCAGAUUCCGAUGGGUCCCCUGUUUGCUGGAACCAUCUCCCUUUGGAAAUUUACAGCUCUCUUUUCUGGCAGUAACCCCGCCCCUUGGUGCUGGGUACGAAGGGGGCACCCAGAGCGGGGCUCACCCAGCAGCGCUGACUGCUGCGUUGUCGGGCUAACGGGUAUUAACCGCCUCCCUCGCCGCUCCCAUUCUCUUAGCUGCUGAAACGCUGCUUUUUAGCAAAGGCCGUGACCUCAUGAUGUUAUACGUCGUGGAGAUUGAGAACCAGGUCCUAGCAUCUGACUAUGUGCUUUGAGUCCCCACUUUUGCUGGUUGUGCAACCCAGGGUGAGCUUCGUAAGCUUCUCUGUGCCUCAGUUUUCUCAUCUGUGGAAUGUGUGAGGGGGAGACCUCAGUUUCAAGCGGGGUGGCCAGGAGGGCCUUUCUGACAACUGGACAACGACCUGAGGGAGGGGAAGGAGUGAGGGAGCUAUGUGGGUGCCUAGAAGAGCGCUCCGGAAGAGGGGGCAGCGAAUGCAGAGGCCGGCAGGAGCCUGGUGCGUUGGCUGAACCGAUCACCUACAGCGCCAUCAGUGACGAGCUACGGGACAAGCAGCGCUUCCCGGCCCUUCUGCCCACAGCGCCGGGCGCCGAUCACCAGAUCGAGGCCAUGGUGCAGCUGAUGUUGUACUUCCGCCGGAACUGGAUCAUCGCGCUGGUGAGCAGCGGCGACUGCGGCCGCGACGACAGCCAGCUGCUCAGCGAUCGCCCGGCCGGCGGCGACACCUGCAUCGCCUUCCGGGAGACGCUGCCCAUGCCCCAGCCCAACCAGGCGGUGACGCAGUGGGAGCGCCGGCGCCUGAAGGCCAUCGUGGACGAGCAGCAGCGGCAGAGCUCUGCGCGCGUCGUGGUCCUGCUGUCGCCAGAGCUGGUCCUGCACAACUUCUUCCGCGAGGUGCUCCGCCAGAACCUCACGGGCGUCGUGCGGAUCGCCUCCGAGUCCUGGGCCAUCGACCCGGUCCUGCACGACAGGCCCACGCGCUGCACAGCCUCCUGGGCUGCACCCAGACCAGCAGCUCCGGGUCGUCUAUCCCUGGCAGAUCGAGCCCGACUUCUGACGCCAGCGUCGCUUCCUUUCCCUGUGGCCUCCCAGCUGCUUCAGGAAAUCUGGAAGGUCAACUUCACCCUCCUGGGCCACCAGAUCUUUUUUGACCAGCGAGGGGACCUACUCAUGCGCCUGGAGAUCAUCCAGGGACGGUGGGACCUGAGCCAACCUUUCUGGAGCGUCGCCUCCUACUGCCCGGUGCUAUGACGGCUGAGGGCCAUCCGUGACGUCUCCUGGCACACGGCCAACAACACGAUCCCCGUGUCCAUGUGUUCCAAGGACUGCCAGCCUGGGCAAAGGAAGAAGCCCGUGGGUAUUCAUCCCUGCUGCUUCGAGUGUCUCGACUGCCUUCCGGGCACCUUCCUCAACCAUCUUGCAGACGAGUUUGGCUGCCGGCCCUGCCCGAGUUGCGGGUGGUCCCGGAGGAACGACGCUUCCUGCUUCAAGCGGCGGCUGGCCUCCCGUGAAUGGCGCGAGGCACCCGCCGUCGCUGUGGCCGUGCUGUCCAUCCUGGGCUCCCUCCGCACCCUGGCCAUCCUGGUGAUCUUCUGGAGGCACCGCCACGCGCCCAUGGUUCGCUCGGCCGGGGGCCCCAGAUGCUUCCCGAUGCCGAUGCCCCUGCUGUAGGUGACGGUCCCCAUGUACAUCGGGCAGCCCGCGUUUUUCAUGUGCCUCGGCCGCCAGACCCUCUUCACCCUCUGCUUCACCGUCUGUAUCUCCCGUGUCACCGUGCGCUCUUUCCAGAUCGUCCGCGUCUUCAACAUGGCCAGGUGCCUCCCGCGUGCCUACGGCUACUGGGUCCGCUACCACGGGCCCUGUGUCUUCGUGGCGUCCUUCACGGUGCUCAAGGUGGUCAUCGUGGCGGGCAACGUGCUGGCCGCGACCGCCGAGCCCGCCGCCCUCCCCGACCCCGAUGACCCCAAGAUCGCGGUUCUCGCCUGCAACUACCACAACGUGCUCCUGUUCGACACCAGCCUGGACCCGCUUCUGUCCGUGGCGGGCUUCGGCUUCGCCUACGUGGGCAAGGAGCUGCCCACCACCCACAACGAGGCCAAGUUCUUCACCUUCCGCAUGACCUUCUACUUCACCUCUUCCAUCUCCCUCUGUACCUUCAUGUCUGUCUACGAGGGGGUCCUGGUCACCAUCCUGCACCUCGUGGUCGCAGUGCUCAACCUUCUGGGCGCUUUGCCCCUGGGCUACUUCGGCCCCAAGUGCUGCGUGGUCCUCUUCUACCCGGAUCGCAACACGCCCGUCUACUUCAGCAGCAUGAUUCAGGGCUACACCACGGGGAAGGACUAGCGCUGCCCCCUGGCUGCCCAGGGGGCCAGAGGGCUCGGUCCUGGGAGAUGGAGACCAGGGGUGGGGCUGGGGGUGGUGGUGACUCAUUCAGCCCCUGCUGGGAGCAGGGACACCACCCCGCCCUACUCUCUGAUUUGGCCUCCCCCUCCAGGUUCUCUGCACCCUGGCCGUUUUUACCCACCCGCUGGUGGAUGCCUAAAAAUACGCUUUCCCUGCAGCCGUUUGGCUUGCCAGGCACUGCCACCCAUGCUAAGGAAAGGAGCCGGGGUGACCUCCCUAUGGGUCUCCAAGACAGAGAUGGAGCGAAGCAGCCCACAGUCGCCAUCUGGUGGUCACAGCGGGUGUCCGCAGGUUCCGGCUCCGGGCAGCCAUGCUGGAAGGCUGGGCUGGGGCUGGUGUUGGGGGACAUCUGCCCGGCAUCAUUCACUCCCUGCCCACGUGUCUGCGCCUCACCUCCCAGACUCCCCCGCCCCCCAGCUUGGGACCCAGCUUGGGACCCAGCUUCUCUGAGUCAUGGCUGCGCAUAGGGGCUGCUUCAUAAAUGCUUAUGAAUAAACCUCCCUUGGGUGAAA